CGUGCCCCGCGGGACGAGAGUCGCGCGGAGACCGAGAGACGCGAGGAGACGUCGAGGCAGUCCGCGGGGGAGCGAGCGAGGCGCUCCUCUACUUCCUCGACGGCCGCAGGGCGGAUGGCGCCCGGAGGGUCCGCGAGGACCGCGCCAUGAGGAGGCCCUGAAGAGGCCACGGAGCCCGAGCCCCCGCGCCAGAGGCCCCAGGGACCGGUCCAAGAUGUGACCGGCGAGCAGCGGCGCACGCACCGGCCUCACCGGUCCCAGCGGUCCUCGCCGGCCCCAGGGCGCACCGAGCGGUGCCGAGGGAUCGAUCCGACCCGAUAGCAUGGGGCGAGUGCAGGGCGUUCAGAAGCAAUAAUGAGGAAAAUGGCGUCAGGGCUCCCGAGUGCCCAUCAGAGGAAGCUUGGACCAGCGCCGAUCGCAUCCUUCGAGGACUUGUCCGACGAGGUGGAAAACGGAGAAGCGGUCGCCCGAAUGCCCGGAAUCGUGGAAGUGACGUCUCCCGUGACACCCGGAAGCUCCCUGAAGACGCCGAGCACCCCGAGGAUCGACAUCAGCAGGGCGAGCAGUUCGUCCCACCAUGAGGACAGCAACAACUCGAGAGAAUCCUCCCCGGAGAGGGAACUGCUCGCAGGUGCCGAGCCUCCUCAGGGGACGAACCUGGUCCUGGGCUACAAGGAGGACGCGCAGGACCUGCGGUCCUCGACGGAGGAGCUGGACCUCCACGACCCCGUGCACGACCAGGACCUGAGGAGAGACUCGAAGAGGGCUCGAAGGAGGAAGGAAGACGGUUCCCAGUCGGAAUGUGGAGGCAUCAAACAGGACGAAAGGGAACGCAAGGACAGCAACUGCUCGGAAAUCAUUCUCCUCAACAUCAGCGGCAGGACAUCCAGACUGUCCUCGGUCGGAAGCCAGGGUUCCGGAGCAUCCGGGAAGCUGUCGGUCGUGUCCGCGACCUCUUCAAGGUCCCCAAGUCCGCACAAGUGCCUGCUGGAGACGUCCUUCUGCGGCAGCAAGCCCACCCUGGCGGACAACUUCAUCGAGCCGUCGAAGCCGGAGACGGAUGAUCUCGAGAAGAUCCUGCUCCAGCGGGAGGCGGACACGACGAAGGCGCUCAUCCCGGAGAACAUCAAAGUGCCCAUGGUCGGGGGUAACUUGAAGCCGGAUCCUCUGGACAAGCCCAGGAGGCGAGGUCGCGAGGAGCGGAAGGAGAUCUUCAGGCGAGAGGUGGAGAUCACGAAGAAGGUCCUGGAGAGGGUCAACAUAGAGGUCCCCGUGAUGAAGAAGCAGUCCCAGCCUCAGGAACAACCUCCGGAACCAACCUCCAAGGUCCCGCUGGAGGUGCACAAGCCGGCCAGCCUCGACCUGAACGACAAGCGCAAGAAGCCGCAGAACUUCAAGGAGAUCGUCCAGACCCCUCCGACAUCAGGGGCUGCUGGUGGGAGUCCGAAGCUUCCUCGGCACCAGAAGGUGCGAGACCUGGAGGGUUCCCGGACCCCGAGUCCGUGCUCGGUGUCGAGGAAGAGCAGCUUCGCGUCCCUCUUCAAGGGUCGGUCCGACAGCGUCGUCCUGAGUCCGGUUUCGCCGACGCCUGCGACGAAGCCCCGAAGAAGUCUGACCUCGAAGAUCCGAGACACCACCGAGAGCCUCAGGAGCAGAUCCAAGUCCAGAGAAAGGUCCUCCAUAGACCGGGGCUCGUCCUUGAAAAAGGAGUCGAAGAACAAAGGCGUCUUCUCGUCUACUUUGAGUCUUUUCAAGAAGCGCGAGCGCAAGAAGAGCUACGACGAGGCGGUCGGCACUCCCAUGGACGGAGACCAUCCCUCGCUGGAGAGCAUAGGGAACGUGGAGUUCACUUUUAACGCCGAGAGGGAGAGGAAGAGGGACGACUCCAUCUUCAUAAGUCUGCACGCGGACGACAGGAAUUACGAGGAGGCCCUGCCCUCGGAGAGCACCUCGAUACCCCUGGAGACGCCGACGAAGCUGCUGGACGAGUACGACGCCGAGCAUCGGAUCGUUGGUACCAGUAUCGUCACCGAGGCUUCCAUCGAGUACAGAGACCCGAGUUUGGGGACGAUCAAGGAUCAGGUGAGGACGGAGGUGAGGAUCGAGGAGCGACCUGCGAGCAGGACCUCUAGAGAGGAGGUCCAGGUCUCGCCCAGCGUCUCUCUGGGAGAUCGGGUCUCCAGAAGCUCUUCCAGAGACUCGAAACUGGGAGCCGCGAAGGUAUCCGACGAGGGAAUCAAGAGGGCAUCCGGGGAGAUGGGGUCACCCGAGUCCAAGAUCACCAAUGGCACCACCAGGAAGCCCGAAGUGGUCAAGCCUGCCAGGAAAAGCAAGGAGGCGUCCACUCCCUCCAAAGAACCCGAAGAGAAGCCAGCCUCGAGGAGGGUAGAAAUGAAUGGAGGAGAAGUCGGGGUCGUGGAGGUUCCUGGGAAGUCGACGGAGGCGAAGUCCAAGCAGGAGACUUCGGAGGACGGGUUAAAGAUCCCCGAAGAGACCCUCGUGAAGACUCCGAGCGUCAUCUCCGACCUCGACCAUAACAGCUCCGAGUCCGAGAGGGACUCGGAGAUCGAGUUCAUCAGGAACAAGGCGAUGAACAUACCCAAGGAGCUGCCGGAUGAGAGGAAGGGUCUCUGCUACGAGGAGAGCUUCGAGGAGGACUUCCCUUACGUUCCUACGACUUUGCCGAUGGAGAAGAGCGUCGCCGUUCCGAUCCUGCCCAUAAAGGAGAGACUCCAGGAAGUGAGAACAAUUCCGAUCGAGAGGCCCAGAUCCACGACGCCGAUAAACCCGACGCUACUGGACGAGUUCGUGAUGCACACCUCCCUGGACGAGCGGCGGGUCGAGAAGAUGAAGAUCUCUCUGCCGCACAGGGAGAGCUUCAAGCUGAAGAGUCCCCAUAGACAGGCGUCGAACACCUUCACGGAAUUCGCCGGGAAGGUGCAAGAGUCCUCGAGUCGGCGGGUCGCCGGCAAGUCUCCGAGUCCUCCUCCGCUGCCUCCGAGGGCGGCUCCCAGGCCGACCAACUGGAUCAACUUCGAGGAGAUCCCGGAAAAGCGCAAGGCUCCGAAGAGGAUCCAGACCAUCCCCAGGACCGAGGAAGACGGCAAGGCUUCCGGGGUCGGCACCGGCUCCGCUGGCUACAGCUACGUCCAGCCCGAAGAGUGCAGGUGCGAAUGCCACGAAGAGUCCAGGAGAGCGUCCUUGAGGCAGUCGUCGAACUGCACCAGCAACGGCGAACGACCCUGCAACGGCGAGAACUGCUCCGUCCCGGCAUCGACGGGGGACCGUGCCAGCAUCGUCAGUGACAGCUCCCUGGAGUGUAGCCUGAGCAUCGAGGAGACGGGGGCGCAGGGUCUUCUGGGGGCGGCCAAGCCCUUCGGCAUGGACCUGGACGUCAGGUCCAACAGGUCCAGCAUCAUAUCGCAGGAGGAGACUGACGACGUCCACUGAAACGAGGACGACGACCCUCGUUACUUCGUUUUACGUCGGGCACGACUUCGCUCCUGAUUUCGCUCCCGCACUUCUUCGCCCGAUGCGUAAGGACGGCGGUUUCUUCCUUUAUUCGGUGUACGUUGAUUUGUAAGGCUUAAACGUUAAGGGUUAAAUCGCGUUAAGGGGGCUCGACCUCCCUUAAUGGCGGACUAGGACUACUCGGAGGAUCGGGCCUCCUUGACGUCGCGUCGAUUUCUUUUUCUACUUUUUUCCUUUUCUUUCCAACGAUCUGCAGAUCUUCCCCUUCGCUCAUUCGCUCGUGAUCGUAUUCCUUGAUUCGUGUUGAUUGGACUUUGCGAACUGUCGGGAUUACGGGCUGUUGGGAAAUCCUCGAUCUCCGUUCUCCAGGGUGGUGGAGAACGAUCUGGGAGCGAGUACGGAAAGGAUUUCGGAGUUUUGUAACAAUUAAGUCUGUGGCGCAUCCUCGUCCCGAACUAGUUUGGGAUAAUGGUUCACUAUUUUUUUUUCUAAAGGACUACAUCGAACUAGAACAUCGUCACUCGGUGAUCCACAGAUAUCGAGAUCCCUCGCAAUACGUAACUAGUUCCUCGCCACAGCUGUCCGAAGUCGAAUAAAUCGCCAGUGACCAUUGCGACUAGUUAGGAGGAAAGAGGAAACGCCGGCCCGGCUAACAAUGGCGAACCUUAAAAAAUCGACCGUCCAGGACCCAAGGAAAACAAAAACCAAGAAGCGACUAUAUCCCGGACGGAUGUUUCAAAUAGUCCAUUUCGCUGAAUCGCUCUUCGGAGACCAUUAUAAAAUUCAAAUCCUUUGAGUACGGCGAGACGGUUCGCCAUUUUCCAGGACUAAGGACGGGCGCGUUUCCUCGGGAAUAAGCCGCGGAUUUCUCGCGUAUAUCUUUCUUAUCGAGCUCCUCCUUAUCGUUUCUCUCUAUUCGUCGGUGUCCGGGAUUUCGAGAAAGCUCGCGCUACCCCAUAAGUGGACCAUUAUCGGAAUAAGGAACCAGAAUAAGGGGAAAUACUGGCUAGGAACGCACUUCCUUCGUUUCACCUUUUUGGAGGGGAAACGGAUCUCCUGAAGAAGCCACGGCGAACUAGCCGUGGGACACCACGCUACCCUAUGUGCCACGAAUCAUUGGAAUUAUUUCAUCUACCUCCAGAAACGUGUACCAAAGGCAAUCGAAGGCCCUUUAAAUCUCGUUUCGUCUCUGUAAAGGCUCGCACUCACGACAGGACCUCCGAUUGCGUCCAGCUCUCGGGUCGCUCCUCGACCGUCGAACUGCUAUAAGUCUAAAAAUUCCAUAAUUCGAGGUCGCCAUUAAAUUAAAAUCGAGAAAAAUUCGAAGAGGAGUAUAAAGAAUGUAGGGAGAUGUCACGAUUUUUUUUUCUUCUUUUUUUUCUCUCUUUAAGGAUUUUGCAGAAUUAAAUCGCAGUUCGACGGCGCCCGGGGUGAGUCCGGGUCUCCUUGUACUUAAGGUUAAAGUUUCUAGAAUUAAGAUACUCGCGAGAGGAGAAUAACUCGGAAUAUCUCGGUAGUGGUGAGAGGAAGUCUUUGGGUUGGCUUAGGCAGCUUCUUAAACGCUUCUCAACGAGAGUUUCGUUCGUACUGACUUUUCCAUUACGCCUUUCAUCUACAUCCGCGCAUAUUAAUCGUAGACUCGCGCACCCCCCAAACCCGAAAUCCGAAUGCCAUGACUCAUGAAUGAUCUCUGCUCAAUUUCCUUUAUUCGCGCCGUCUCGCCCUCUUCGAUCAUGUUUUUUCUACACGAGAAACUGUACUGUGUUCAAACGAAUUACCUAACGAAUACUACGAAAAAAAAUGCUGUGCUCGCGGCGUACCGAGGGGGCUGAAGUACAAGUCGGUUACUAUCGCCAGGGAUCAUUUCGGAAUUCCUCCGGUAUAUCUAGGUCGACAAACAAUGCAAUGAGAAAUCCGCUUCGCUUAAGAGAGAAAACUAACGCGCCAGGUUUGCUUCCGAUUUAGAAGACUAUCGUUUAAUUCCGAAGGAAAGUGGGGAAGGAAGAGGAACUUCGCGUUUAGCCGUCUCGUGGUAUCAAGUAUCCUGGACAGUAAAACGGUAGAUAAAUCAUCUUCGGGAAUUUCAGCCCUCUCGGUACCCCGGAGUCGUACUCGAGUUCCGGAUAAAAUGUGCGCAUCGGAAUUGAUCGGACCCCGAAGAGAGUGACCAGCUCUGCCCCGUCCCUCGUCCCCGGUCUCACCACUCAAUAGACCCAGCUAUCGAGAGUAAUGAAUAAUUCUUAGUGUAAGAGCUACGUUACAGAAGAAAAAAGAUACCUAUGGUUCCAAGAUGGACGAACGUACUAUUUUUCCUCCCAUAAGUGUAAGGGGUCCUAGGGGGAGACCGAACGCAGAGCCCUGAAGAGGACACUCGGGCCGAGUGUCCUGCUUCCGCUCUUUCUGCAACGUCUCUAAGCCUCCCUAUCUACAAAUCUGUAAUUUUACAACUAUACUACUCCUAGGAGGUAAACAAAAGAGAAAUUACAGAAUUACGCGAGGCUUAGAGGGCUUGUGGAAGGACUCGGAAGGGGCCGGAGGGUCUCCGGAUUACUGUAGGUAGUGUACCAUAAAGAUCUUUUUUUAGAUUUUGAUGUUUAGGCAAGACCUCUCGAGGCAGAGAGAGAAAGAGAGAAAUAAAGAGGCGAAAAUUCUAUUUCGAGCCCCAGGCCGACCGUGCGAAAGAAAUGUCGCUUCGUCGAAGGUCCUCGUAUCCUGUCUAAAUGCUCGGCGUUCAAUUUCGGGGAUUUUAAUCGAGCACUUCCGAGCAGGAUUCCAGGGAUGGCAGUCCCGCCGAAAUCGAAAAAGGCAUCGAAUAGCGUUCUUCGAAUUUUCUCACGAAUUUUCUUUUCCCUCCCCGACUCUGCAACGAAACGUAAAGCGGUCGAAGCUAAGAGGAGGAAGAGUAAAGAAAUGAUAAACAAUUAAGAAACUGCCAUCCGAGCCCCCGAAAGGACGCAUUUUUUUUUCCCACUUUUCCGUUCUCCUUUUCUAAGCGUGUUUAGUACCGAGAAGCGAUCCCGUAACUUAACCCAGGCCUUGUCUCCGUGGUUGCCGAAACCGUCCAGGAAAAUCGCCGUAAUUAUUUACCGCGAGACCCGUUAUGAAAGAUAUUAUUCGUCGCCGGAAAUUAGAGCACUGCCGGAUGUCGUCGGAGAAGUCGAGGUUCCCUAGGACGGAACGGCAACGCAUCCUUUAGCAAUAUCUAAACGUUCGUCAUUAUUUCUAAGAUCUAAGGUUAACGAGGGGGACAACAAAGUAUUUAAAUGUUUCUAAUGUUAUGUACAUAAAAUUAUCGAAAGGGUGACAUUUUCAAGCGCUAACACCAUUAGACGACACGUUCGACGACCUCAUG